CCCCGCCCUUUCUGACCCAAUCAGCCCUAAUCUUUUCGCGUAAUCCCCAACAGGGCUGCCAGCCUAUUCCCCUCUCGAUCUUGAUCUCGAUCCCUCUCUCCCUCUACACGGUCCGGUUCGGUUCGGUUCGGUUGGAAGGUCGGUCGGUCGGUCGCUCGCAGGCUCCUGUCGAGGAGGAGGAGGAGGAGGAGGAGGAGGUGAGCAUUGCUCUCCAGGGGAUUAAAACCUGGAAGGCGAGCUGGUUUUGAAAAAGUGGAGACUUUAAUCAACCUGUUGGCUUAUGGAAGAUCACAAUUUUGUAGUUGGUCAAGAGUUCCCUGAUGUCAAGGCCUUCCGGAGGGCAAUUAAAGAAGCUGCAAUUGCACAGCACUUUGAGCUUCGAAUUAUAAAAAGUGACCUGAUUCGGUACUUUGCAAAGUGUGCGGCAGAAGGUUGUCCAUGGCGCAUCCGUGCUGUAAAGCUCUCUAAUGCUCCAACCUUCACUGUUAGAAGCAUUGAAUCGACACAUACUUGUGGGAAAAAUGCCCAGAAUGGGCAUCAUCAGGCUUCUGUCGAUUGGAUAGUGAAUUUUAUAGAGGAACGACUGAGAGAGAACUUAAACUACAAACCAAAAGAUAUUUUAUAUGACAUCCAUAAGCAAUAUGGUAUUACAAUACCAUAUAAACAAGCAUGGCGUGCCAAGGAACGAGGGCUUGCUGCAAUUUAUGGCUCUUCUGAAGAAGGCUACUACCUCCUCCCUUCAUACUGUGAGCAGAUGAAGAAAACAAACCCAGGAAGUGUUGCUGAGGUCUUCACUGCUUGUGCAGAUAACCGGUUUCAACGGCUCUUUGUUUCCUUUUAUGCUUCUAUAUAUGGAUUUCUAAAUGGUUGUUUGCCCAUUGUUUGCCUUGGUGGACUCCAGCUUAGGAGCAAAUACCUUGGCACCUUGCUAUCGGCCACUACUUUUGACCCCGAUGGGGGGCUAUUUCCCGUUGCAGUUGGGGUGGUGGAUGUAGAAAAUGAUGAGAGCUGGAUGUGGUUUUUGUCGGAGUUGCAAAAGGCUCUGGAAGUAAAUGCAGAGAGGAUCCCACAACUUACCUUUUUGUCAGAUGGACAAAAGGGAAAAGUUGAGGCUGUAAAAAGAAAAUUUCCUGGUUCGUUGAAUGCAUUAUGCAUGCUGCACUUGAGUGAAAGCAUUGGAAAAGAGUUCAAGAAUUCGAGGCUGGUCCAUCUAUUGUGGAAAGCUGCAUACGCCAACACUACCAUUGCCUUCAAAGAGAAAUUGGAAGAAAUCGAAGAGGUAUCUUCUGAAGCCGCAAAGUGGCUUCAACAAUUUCAACCUUCCCACUGGGCAUUGGUAUAUUUUGAGGGAACACGGUAUGGUCGUCUCUCCUCAAACAUUGAGGACUUCAAUAGGUGGAUAAUGGAAGCACGAGAGCUGCCCAUUAUUCAGGUGAUUGGGCAGAUUCAUGGUAAAUUGAUGGCUGAGUUUCUGGAACGGCGUGCAAAGAGUAACUCGUGGUCUUCUGUGCUUACCCCCAGUGCCGAGAAGCGCGUAGCAGAGGCAAUCAGCCGUGCCUCAACAUAUCAAGUCCUUCGAUCAGAUGAGGUAGAAUUUGAGGUUCUAUCAGCAGAACGAUCAGACAUUGUGAAUAUAGGGACCCGUUCUUGUUCAUGCCGGGAUUGGCAGCUACAUGGAAUACCAUGUUCUCAUGCUGUCGCAGCACUCAUCUCUUCUAGAAAAGAUGUGUAUGCGUUCACUGAGAAGUGUUUCACUGUGGCUAGUUACCGUGGAACAUUCUCACAAGAUAUACACUCUAUCCCAGGUAAAAUUGAAUGGAAGAAGGAACGAGAGGAGGAGCAGCAGCAGCAGGAGGAGGAGGAGGAGGAGGACAUUAGACGAGUUGUGCGGCCUCCCAAGUUUCGCCGGCCUCCGGGACGCCCUGAGAAGAAGCGCAUCUGUGUGGAAGACCUCAAUCACGAGAAGCAUACCGUGCACUGUAGCCGCUGCAACCAAACAGGACACUACAAGACAACCUGCAAAGCAGCUGCUGAGACAAUGAACAAGAGUGUAGUAUAGUAGGAGGCUUUUAGAUAUAUACUAGCUUAGCAAGUAGACUUAAGACUUUACAUUGUGUAGUUAAAAGAGUCUCUCUGGCAGGCCUUGCUAGUCAGUCAGCGUGUGCCUCCAUUGAGUUCACAAUAUUAGCGUGGCUAGCUGGCUGUAUCUCAAACUAAUGGUCUAAUAACAAUACUAACAACAGUACGGCUCGCUAAAUACGUCUAGUUUCAUGCCAUUUGUUGAUGUAGAACGAAUGGCGAAGAGGAUAGAAGAAGAAUUGGAUCAAAAGAGGCGACACCAUAAGGGACGAGUUAGGGAGGUGAGACCAUGAGGGGCAAAACCGUAAUUGCAGAUUUAAUUGAUUUAAUUAUUAUAAUUACUGCUAAA